GAUGAUAUAUUUUUUGAUAACCGAGAAAUUCCAGAGGGAAAGUGGUGCAAGGAUGAUAUAUUUUUUGAUAACCGAGAAAUUCCAGAGGGAAAGUGGUGCAAGGGAAUAUAUGAAACAAAGGUUCCAUUGGAGUUCAGUGCUAUUCUCCAGCUGGGUUGUGUUUGUAAAGUUGAUAAAGCAGCUAAAAAAAGGAAUCCACAAGAUGGUUGGAGUUUGAGCGAGCUGCAUAUGAAGACAACCACUGAGUGCCCAUAUUUGGAUCAGUCAAUUACUUUCUUCUACUUAUAUCACAGCUUGUUCGAUGGACGAGCCAUUUAUGUGGGAUAUUUUCCUUCGUCCAAGAUGAUACAUGUUGUGGUUGUUAAUCCAUUUCAAAACAAAGAAUUAUCACCACACAUUCUUGAAAAACAUUAUUAUGAAGCUUGCCAAACAUUGUCUGGUCAGCCUAUCACACAAAAGGAAGGUAUUAGUUUUAAGGUGGAUUAUAUCAGGCACAUCAAGGAAGCGGAGAGGAUUCUACAGAGAAUAAUAAAUGAGCAUAGGCAUCAUGGGCCUGCAGUUGCCAUGAUUGAGUGCCCGAAUGCCCAUUCGCUGAAGUCUGGUAUACGAGCUUUGGAUGAUUUUCCUUGCAUCAGUAUCCCUUGUAAUGCGCGGGAUAGCCAAUAUCAGGCACUAGGCUGGCAAAAUGUUGCAGCAAAGAUUGGAAUGCAGCGAUGUGUUACAUCCUCCCAGUGGUUAAAUGAAAGGAUCACUCUCUCAAGAUAUGCCCAUGUUCCCAUAGGGAAUUUUGAUGUUGAUUGGCUCAUGCAUACAGCAGAUAUCUUCUUUUCUAGAGCACUGCGUGAUCAGCAACAGGUCUUGUGGAUAUCUGAUAAUGGCAUCCCUGACUUGGGAGGCGUAAAUGAUGAAGUAUCAUCUUUUAUGGAUGAGGUCAAUCAACCGGUUCUUACUUACCCGGGUGCAUAUAGAAAAGUUACUGUUGAGCUGAAGAUUCAUCAUCUGGCCGUUGAUGCUCUUCUGAAAAGCAACCAAGUAAACGAAAUGGAAGGAGGCACUUUGUUUGGAUUGGACCAGGACUUGAACUCUACCACGAAUUUUACUAAUGAUAAUUACUGCUUUGACGCAACGACCUCCUGUGCACCUGCAUUUCGUGUACUCAAACAGUUGAUCCAGAGGUGCCUUACGGAUGCAGUAACAUCAGGAAACAUAUUUGCUGAUGCAAUGCUGCAACAUUUGUAUCGAUGGCUCUGCAGCCCCCGGUCUAGACUGCAUGACCCAGCUCUCCACAGUAUGCUUCACAAGGUUAUGCAAAAGAUGUUUGCAUUGCUUGUGGCUGAACUCCGAAAAUUGGGUGCUGCUAUUGUGUUUGCCAGCUUCUCAAAAAUUAUAAUUGACACUGGAAAGUCAGAUGUAUCUGCAGCCAAAGCCUACUGUGAUAGUGUUAUUAAAACAGUACAAAAUAGAGAAUUGUUUGAGUGGAUUGAACUUGAGCCCUUGCAGUUUUGGCACUCAUUGCUUUUCAUGGAUCAGUACAAUUAUGGGGGAAUACAAGCUAGACUUAGUGAUGGGCCUUUAGAAGUUAAUUCAGAACCAGGUGAAGAAAGCGUGUGCGGUGAAUCACAAGUCGACAUUGUGUCAAGCUGGAACAUUGCAGAAAAUUUACCUAAGGCAACUCAGGAUCACUUCAUUUUGAUUGUUUCGGAAUUUAUGUAUAUUCCAUGGAAAUUCGCACAAGAACAAGCUACACAUCGAGCAUCUAGUAGCAAUGGUGAUUUAUGUACACCAUCAAUCACUGCUGCACUUGCUGAAACAUUUGAUUUGCAAAUGGCGGAAGAUCUAAAGAAGAAGAUCCGAACUUACUUCACUGACAAACUUCUGAAAAUUGUUUGUGACCCUAAUUUACAAAUGAAAGUGAUGAACAACUCCCAGAAGACUCAGGAGACAUCAGAUGCAAACUCACAAUCUUAUAGCCAUGUCCAGAAGGGGGAUCCAGCUUUAGAGUUCAUUAAGCAUGUCUGUGCAGUUUUGGCCCUUGACCAGAAUGUGCAGCAUGAAGUUCUGAUCAUGAGGAGAAAUCUAUUAAAACUUGUUCGUGUUAGGGAAUUCGCUCCAGAAGCAGAAUUUCACGGUCUCUCUAUGUCGUAUACCCUUCCAAAUGUCAUUUGCAGUUACUGCAACGACUGCAGAGACCUUGACCUGUGUCGAGACAGAGCUUUGAUUUAUCAGGAGUGGCGUUGUGCUGUGCCCCAAUGUGGGCAACCUUAUGAUCGUGAAGCAACGGAAAAUGCUCUUAUUCAAAUUGUGCGGCAGAGAGAGAGGCUAUACCAUCUUCAAGAUCUGGUAUGCCUAAAAUGCCACCAGAUUAAAGCUGCACAUUUAGCAGACCACUGUACUUGUGCCGGGUCAUUUAGCUGCAAGGAAGGUGUC